UCAGGCGACGCUGCCAGCGUGACGUAUAAUCUAGUGGACGGUUCUUCAGAAACAGCUCGUCAACCACCUCCGUAGCUUGCUAGCCAACAUAGCCGAAAGAUUCAAGCUAUUUAUACGCUUUCGGUCUAUAUUAGCUACUGUGUUUUAGACACACUUCUGGCGUUUCAACUUGUUAACCUAUUUAAUUUAAUAUUACGUUAUUUUGUAUUAGUCAGCUAUAGUAGCUGGCUGGUUAAGUUAGCACUAGCCUAGUCGCUAAUGAUAGCUAGCUAGCUAACAUCCCCGAACAUGAGCUCCCUAAACUACUCCCCUCCUGUUAAAGAAGAGGGGGUCUGCUGGACGGAGAAAGAAGCUCUGGGGCUGAACAUUGUCGUGAAAGAGGAUGUCACAGUAAAACAAGAAGUAGAGGGUGAGGCUGUUACAGUGAAAGUAGAAGAGAAAGACGUUUCAGUGAAAGAAGAGGAAGACGCAUUCAGAGUGAAAGAGGAGGAUGUUACAGUAAAAGAAGAGGAGGAUGUAGUUUUUGGAGUGAAGGAAGGGGAGAUUACUGUCACAUUGAAAGAUGAAGAGGUGGAGAUAGGAGAUCUGAUUAACACCAGAGAGAGACGUGGGUCCUCUGGGGAGCCUCAACAACAUCAUGAUGCUGAUGAGGCAGAGAAGAGUGUCUCUACAUCAGAACUCCCCAAGAAACACCAUAGGAGACCCACAGGGAAGAAAUCUCAUUGCUCUGACUGUGGGAAACGUUGCAAAUCUUCAUUAGAACUUAAAAUACACCAGCGGGUACACACAGGAGAGAAAUCUCACCACUGUUUUGAUUGUGGGAAGAGUUACUUAAGAUUAAAAUCACUAAAAGUACACAUGCGAAUUCACACUGGAGAGAAACUUUACAGCUGUGAUCAAUGUGGGAAGAGUUUUACUAUGUCUAGUCAUCUGAUGAUACACCAGAGAACACACACAGGAGAGAAACCGUACAGCUGUACUCAAUGUGGGAAGAGUUUUACUCAGUCAAGCAACCUGUUAUCACACCAGAGAAAACACACAGGAGAUAAACCUUAUAGAUGUGAUCAAUGUGGGAGGAGCUUUACUACAUCUAGUCAUCGGAUUGUACACCAGAGAACACAUACAGGAAAGAAACCCUACAGCUGUACUCAAUGUGGGAAGAGUUUUACUCAGUCAAGCAACCUGUUAUCACACCAGAGAACACACACAGGAGAGAAAUCGUAUAGCUGUAAUCAAUGUGGGAUGAAUUUUAUUCAGUCAUGCACCCUGUUAUCACACCAGAGAACACACACAGGAGAUAAAUCUUAUAGUUGUGAUCAAUGUGGGAAGAGUUUUACUACAUCUCUUCAUCGGAUCGUACACCAGAGAAAACACACAGGAGAUAAAUCUUAUAGCUGUAAUCAAUGUGGGAAGAGUUUUACUCGGUCAAGCAACCUGGUAUCACACCAGAGAACACACACAGGAGAGAAACCUUAUAGCUGUGAUCAAUGUCGGAAGAGUUUUACUUCAUCUAGCAGUCUUAUUGUACACCAGAGAACACACACAGGAGAGAAACCUUAUAGCUGUGAUCAAUGUGAGAAGAGUUUUGUUACAUCUAGCCGUCUUAUUGUACACCAGAGAACACACACAGGAGAGAAACCUCAUGGCUGUGAUCAAUGUGACAAGAGAUACUCUGAUAAAAGAUCCCUGAACAAACAUCAGAAAAUACAUACAUGAAGGAGUUGUUUCAUGAUAUCAAUGAAAUGUCACAAUGUAGAAGAUUUUAACAUUGUAAUGGGAGUAUUUUAAUGAUUUCAUAAUGUAGAAUGUUUUAACAUUGUAGAAGGAGUAUUUUAAUGAUGUCACAAUGUAGAAGCCUAAAUGUUUGUCCCCUGUUCUAUUGAUUUCAGCCAGAUAUGGAUAUUAGCAUCAGAGUGAAAAUCCAGGCUCUGAAUUGAAAGUACUAUUUAUGUGAUUUAACAAAAAGUGACUAACAAAUAAAGAGCUGUGUUGCACUUAUAACAUUGGUGACCCACUUUAAUCAAAAUAUAGCUAGAUGUUUUCUACAAAUGGUCCUCUAACCAGGGAUGUACACGUUACUCCCAGAUUCUGUGUGGUUUUUGAGCUGUUAGUUUUAACAGGACGUGCAACCUCCUCUCACGCAAUUGAUUUCUACAUUAUAUCGAUGAGUUAUGACAUAAGUGUUGCGUUCCUUUGUUUAGCAACCCCAUACAUUUAAAUGCAUCACUCCAAAAUGUAGCUGACUGUCUUCUGCAGGUUGUCCCCUAAUCAGUGAGGUAAAAGAUAUCUCCCAUUUCCAUGUUUUUUUUUAGAUGUGUUAGUUUCAACAUCACAUACAACCUGAUUUCCCCCCGAAUCAAUAUCAGUGAUGUAUUGCUACUGUCAAAACAACAUCGUUUCUGGUGUUUGUGCAGUUUAUAAGGAGCUUGUUUAAAAAAAUACAAGUAAUAUGAUUGUUGCAGAUGUUUGUAAUUAAGUGAAUUAUUGCCAAAAUAUAUUUAUGUACAUUUGGUUUUGAUAUUUCAUAUUUACAAUUCAUGUAACAUUUAGUAAUCAUAAUUAUUUAAGCAAACCAGCUGACUAUUUUGGGUACAAUUAUAUUGACAUUUUUGCCCUGCUUUUAGAAUAUCAGGGUUCAUUCUCAGAUGUGCCAACACAAACGUACUAGAGCAUGAUUUUGGGGACUGGGUCCCGAUCCAACAACAUGCAUAUGGAGUGAACCCUGAAAAGAGAGAGAAUCUCCGCAGUGAGGUGGAAAGUUACUAUGGAUAUUGCAGGAGUUUCCUCUUGAAAUCAGACAUGUUCGUUUUAAGGAAAACUUGCUGAUUGUCUCAAGGGUGGGCACUCAAAAUGUUUGUGUAUUGCGUAUAGCCAGUGCGUUGCCAUGGAUCACAAUUUAUUAUGACUUCACGUUUUUCCGUAUUGGAGAUGAGUUUUGUUUGGGCUCGUUCCAAGGGGACGAGAGUUUUAGAGGCUAGUGAGUUUUAGGAAGAUGUGAAUUCUAGUAGCUAGUGGGGGGAAAUAUUUUUUUAAUUAUUAUUAUUUUUUUGACAGCCAGUAGACACAAUGUUUAUAUUAGUGAAGGUGAAGCAUUGUAGUUGUAGUCAAAAUUAGUUUUAGGAUUCUAGAAAGAAAGCGAGAACUAAUACAAUUGUAUAUUAUUAUUUAGAAAUACUUGUUUUUUCUUGUUUUUAAUUGUUACCAGUAGGUGAAGCAUUUUAGUUCAUUUGAAUAUGAAAUGGAAGUUCUUUUCUGUUAUUGGUGAGAACUUGUCCAACAAAAAUAUAGGAUAUAUUUGUUGUCUUAAGGGGGAUGUGUUUCAGGCUUUGGUUUUUCAAUUUUUGUUUUGAGGUUGGACUUUAGCCCGUAUAUCUCGUUAGCACUGUGAGGGAAUUUUCUGUUAAACCUUACUAAUGUAGUAAAAUAUAAUUCUUUAAGCCGAGGCAUUGGGCUUGAGAUUGGUAAAGAACCUAACUCCUAUAACAUAGAAAAGUGUGUUGAUAGAGGCCUGUUCUGGGUGUGUAGAAUGAUCCCAUGAUGUUCAGACACUUAGCCAAGAAUAUGACAGAAACUGACUGGUUCUUGAUCCUCCACAGAGUAAAGGUUAUAUCCUGCACACCAGAAACAGAGCUAUUGUUUUGGAGCCUGUUUCUGGGGAAAGAUUGUGGUGGAGAAAUCAGAAUUAGCUAAGUAACAUAGUUAAUUAAGUCUUAUCUGCAGAAUAUGCUGAUACGAACUAUUGACCUCUUGCUAUUAGAAUGUCUCCUUUCUGACUCUGGUGUUGGCAGCCACACUUCAUCCCUCAAAUGGGCCUCAGUCACCUUGGGUCCAGAGAGGGGAGAAGUCAGGCUUAUCCAUCACAUGUCCCUGUUGCUAGGCGGAAUAUCAGUAUCGAUCACAUGUCCCUGUUGCUAGGCAAAAUAUCAGCAGGGAGUAAGGCAAAGGAGAUCAGAAGAAAACAUUGUUUCCAUUUUUCAACUGUGUGUUUAUUGCAAACCAUGUGAAGGGAAGGCAUGAGUAAUGGGGAACCAAUCACUUGCAACUCCGUAAUUGUUCACGCUUUUGGAAAAGACUGUCAAGUUUAUUCAUAAGGGUUAUGAAUAUGGGAUAAUCAAUCCAUUUAAAGCUAAACCCUGGCAUAAAGUAGUUCACAUCCAGACAGGCUUUGGAAAAUACAUAUGAGCUAGCAGAUUUUUGAAGCAU